UCCCUGAUAACCAGAAUAUUGAUAAUUUCGAAACUGAAAUAAAGAAUAUUAUCACCAAUGGAAAAGAUAGUGAAGGGGAAACUGUAGACAUGACUGAGCUCCGGACAGAACAUGUAAAAGCAUUUCCUAUUCGAGGGUAUUAUACAGAAAAAAAGCCAUACCUUCGUAUUGUUACAACUUCUGCUAAACAAAGAAAAAUUGCUCUUAAUAUUAUUUUAGAAUAUAAUUUGAAAAAUAAAAGUGGAAAAAAGCUCGAAACCGCCUCGGACGAUACAACAAGUACAUAUUAUCGGAAAGUUGCUAGAGAAUAUAGGAUUCCACUCUCUGGAUGGGCUUUAUUAACUAAUUACGAAUAUAAUAGCCAUAGAAUGCCGUAUAGUACCCGCUCUCCACUUUGUGAACACGCAUUUUAUUUGUCUAUUAAUAACUUCUGUCACAUAGAAAAUCCCUCAAUUUUAUCUAAAACAUAUCCUUCCCAACUUAUUACUCAUGACCGAGCAUUAGUCCUUGCUUGGGAUAUAGAAACACACACAACGCGUGGCUUGGAGCAUCUACCUAUAGCAAGAUAUAAAGAAGAUAACAUAUUUAUGAUCGGUAUAACUGUUCAUUGGAAAGACGACCCAAAACCAUUAAAACGGAUUUGUCUAGUUGAUAUAGAAACGGUACCAGAUCCAAAUAGGAUUACAAUUAUUUGUGGAAAUGAGAAAAAUCUAUUAAAGGCCUUUGCAUUAUGUUGGCGGGCUUUAGCCCCUGAUAUCGAACUCACCUUUAACGGUUCCAAGUAUGACUGGCCGUUUGUAGUAGAAAGAGCCACCCAGUGGAAAAUUUUAGAUUGGAUGGUGACAAAGAUGUCAGCAAACCCACGAAAAAAGGCUACGAUUGAUUCUAUACUUCGUUGGAAUUAUUACGGAGGGGUAGGCGAACCUUUUUAUAAAGAUUUCUUCCAUAAAGAGCAUAUAUAUGAAAAGGAAGACUCACAGAGUAAGAAUGCUAACGCACCUAAAAAAAUAAAAAAUCGGAAAGGGAUCAAAAUCAAAAUCACUCCAGAUGAACAUUUUAAAUCCACUUUUCUUAAGGUUCCCGGUUGUGUUCCAAUUGAUGUAAAAGUAUGCUGUGAAAAACUUUAUCCAAAAUCUGAGAAAAAAUCACUUAACUAUUUCUUAGAAAUACAUGAUCUUGAUAGUAAAAUAGAUUUGUCAAUAAAAGCUAUGAGAGAAUAUUAUACACGAAGUAAGGAGAAUACCUCACCCGAGACUGCUGAAAAUAUACGUAAAAUUGCUGAGUAUUGUAUUGUUGAUUCUCUUAGUUGUCAAAGCCUUAUGGUUAAGAGAAACGUAAUAAAUGAUUACAGAGAAGUGGCCUCAAUUGCAUAUGUUUCUUUAUUCGAUUCACAUUACUAUGCAGGGGGUAUGAAGGUAUGUAAUCUAUUAGGUGCCGAAGCGUGGAAAAGAGAUAUAUUAAUCACUAUGAUUCCUUCCGAACGGACAGAAAAAGGAACAUUUCCCGGAGCCUAUGUAUUUCCUCCAGAUAAGGGUCUAGAAAACAAACGUCCUGUUACAGGUUUAGAUUUCGCAUCUUUAUACCCAAGCAUUAUUAUGAAUUAUAAUCUCUCGCCAGAAACAAUGACUUUACUAGCAGAAGAGGCAGGUGUAUUAGAAAAGGCUGGAGAAAUUCUCUAUAAAAUCGAGUUCCUUUUUAAUGGCCAAAUUUUACAUGCCUGGUCUAUAAGACAUGGAAAUAAAAAUAAUAAAAUGGGGUUAUAUCCAUCAGUUUUAAAAGAACUCCUUAAUAAACGAAAUAAGAUGAAGGCUCAAUUGGGAAUACUUAGCAACAAAAAAGAGUAUAUGGAAUUGGUAAUUAGUAAAAUAAAAGAGGAGAGUUUGUCAGUGGCUGAUGCUAUCGAUCAUAUCCUAAAAAAUGCUGAAGAUAAAGAAAAACGUACCAAUAUGAAUGAAAUCUUGAUUCCUCUUAUUAAUGAAACUUAUGAGAAUUUUAAAAUAGAAUAUGAUUCCAUUUGUUUCGACUACACUUGCUUAGAUUCAAAACAAAAAGCAGUAAAAAUAUAUAUGAAUACCUUCUAUGGGGAAGCAGGUAAUAGUCUAUCUCCAUUCUUCUUCCUACAAUUGGCCGGUGGUGUCACAUCGGCAGGACAAUAUAACAUUAAACUUGUUGCUGAGUAUGUAACCAAGAAGAAAGGUUUUGGAAUAAAAUAUGGGGACACUGAUUCUUUGUAUCUCACCUGUCCUGUUGACUGUUAUAAAGAAUGUGAUCUCGCUUAUAAUGAUGGUAAAGGUACAAUUUCAAAGUUGGAGUAUUGGACUGAAAUGGUUAAAAUUACCAUGAAGGUAAUGGAGAAAUUACGUGAUGAUGUGAAUUCAUAUCUUAGAAUAAAGAAUAGGUCGACCUAUCUUAAAAUGGCUUAUGAAGAAGUUUUAUUCCCAGUAGUAUUUACAGGUAAAAAGAAAUAUUUUGGAAUACCACAUAAAAAAGUUCCAAACUUCAAGCCCAAAGAUCUUUUUAUUAAAGGAAUCGAUACAGUGAAGCAAGGUAAGUCGCAACUUUUCAAAACUAUAGGAAAUCGAAUUAUGUGGAGUGCAAUGGAUAUUAACAAUAAUCGAACACUCCAUGAGAUCGUUGAAGAGGUUCUUAAAGAGGGUAUAACUAAUCCCAGGCAAUGGAAUUUUGAGCAAUUUAUAGAAACUGAUGCAUGGAAACCUAAUGUAGAUAACAAACGUGUCCAGCGAUUUAUAGGACGAAUGAAAGAAAAAUAUAAAAACAAGAUUCCUGAUCCAGGGGAACGCUUUAGUUAUGUAAUGGUCUAUCCCGAUAAAGUCUUUGAUUUAUCUGGUUUUAAACUCACUAUAAGAAAGGCUGAUCAAAUGGAAUUCGCAGAUGUUGCAAAAGAAUUAAAUAGGGGAUUGGAUCUAUCCAAUUACUUCGAAAAUACUAUUAAUGGGCUUUGCGCCCGAUUUAUCAUGUAUGAUAAAAAAUACGAACCACCAUCUACCGACAAAAUCAUGAAGAUUACCGAUUCAGAUGAGAAAUAUAAACAGGUUGACACCUAUGCUCAAAAUAAGGCCAAGAAGUGGCUCGAGUCAUAUAUUAAGGAGAUAAAUGUGAUAAAUGGAAUCGCUCCUAAAAUAAUAUCUAAUCGUGGAUAUGCUUACAAACGCGCUUACAAGAAUGCAAUCAAAACCGCACAAUCUAUAUUACAUCAGAAGAUAGGUAAUACCUAUGAGAUAUUUCAUGGAGAAUGGCUUAGUUUUGAAGAUUUUAAGGCAACUAAUACUGUUGAGAGAUUAUGGGAAAGGUUUAUAGAGUAUGCUGGAGCGUAUACUGAAAACGAUAAUCUCUUGAUAAGUGAAGAGAUAAAAAAAUCUAUAUGCUCCGAUUUUACGAAACACCUAAAUGCACUUAUCCCAAUUAUCGAGAAAUAUGAUGUUUUCUUCCAUAAGUUAGUAUAUCAUAUGCGAUAUAAAGAGCAUAUAACAAUCCCAGAUAAAAUUGGCCAACCUGAGACUAUGAGAAAAAAUGAGAUGAUUACUGAACAACCUACCUUAUCUCAUAUAUCGAAAACAGAUCAACUAGCACUUGUGAGUUUUCUAAAUACAUGGAACAAGGCAGUCAGCUCAAUAUAA